AGGCCUUUUUCAGGUGUCUCUUCCCACGAUAAGCUAACUUGUCAUAACACCACCAAGAAACGGUUCAACACACCUGCGGCCAUGUUGAAGUGUCUUCUCUGCUUGUUGUUUGUGGGACUCCUGACUGCGCCAAGCUGGCAACAGUCCAUGGAUCAAACCUGUCACAUGAAGCCGGAGACGGGGAUGUGCAAGGGGCUGUUCCGCCGCUUCCACUACAACGCCGACACCAAUCUGUGCGAGAUGUUCAUCUACGGCGGAUGUGGCGGCAAUGGCAACAAUUUCCUCAAUAUCGCCGAAUGUGAGAAAACCUGUCAUGCCAUAAAAGUAUGAAAUGCGUUGACUGAACCCCGCUUAACAAGAAUAGUACAAUCUGCCAAACAAA